GAGCAGCAGUCGGUCGCGUGGGUCCUGCUCGAGGACCGCAUGAUUGUCGCGCUCGCGCAGGCGGGCGAGCUCGUCGACGUCGGGCACCACCGCGACCGCCUGCUCGAGGCCGGGUGCGCGCCCUCGGCCGACGCGUACGCGGCCAUGAUCCUCAACAUGAAGGACACGACCGACGACGCGGCCGUCGCCCUGACCCUGUUCGAGGAGUCGCAGCGCCUCAACGUGCGCCCGAACGUGUACCUGUUCAACACGCUCAUCUCGAAGCUGUCGCGCGCGCGCCGGGCCAAGGAGGCGCUCGAGUACUUUGAGCUCAUGAAGCACUGCGGCCUGAGGCCGUCGUCGAUCACAUACGGCGCCAUCAUCAACGCGUGCUGCAAGACGGGCGACGACGUGUCGGCGGCGUACCUGUUUGCCGAGAUGGCGGCCGACCCGACCUUCAAGCCGCGCGUGCCGCCGUACAACACGAUGAUCCAGUUCUACACGUCCACCAAGCCCAACCGCGAGCGCGCGCUGCACUACUACGGCGAGCUCGUCAAGGCCAAGGUCCCUCCGACCGGCCACACGUACAAGCUCCUCCUCGACGCGUACGGCACCAUCGGCGAGCCCGACUUGGACAUGUGCCAGCGCGUCUUCAGCGAGCUCGUCGCGCACCGGGGCGUCACCGUGUCGGGCGCGCACUGGGCGUCGCUCUUGACGGCGUACGGCGUCCACGCCCGCCAGCUCGACCGCGCCCUCGCCCUGUUCGACUCCAUCGCGUCGCACCCGACCUCGCGCCAACGCAGCGCUCGUGACGCCCCGGACGCGGUCCCGCAACCCGACGCCGUCGUGUACGAGGCGCUGUUCAACGUCCUGCUCGCCAACGAGCGCGCCGACCUGUGCGACCAGUACCUCGACGAGAUGCGGCGGCGCGGGGUCCGCAUGACGGCCUACGUCGGCAACACGCUCAUCAAGGGCUACAGCGCCCAAGGGCACCCCGAGCGCGCCCGGGCCAUCUUCCUCGCCAUGGCCGACCCUCGCGCCGGCGUCGCGAGCGCGGGCAACCACGCCAUCGACCGGCACGCCAAGCACCACCACCUGGCGCACCAGGCGCCGAGGGGCGUCGACGAGCCGACGUACCGCGAGCCGUCGACGUACGAGGCCAUGAUCCGCUGCGAGCUCGACGCGGGAGAGACGGUGCGCGCCGCAGAGGUGCUCCGGCUCGCAGAGGCUCGUGCGUUCCCGCCUGCAGUCAUCGGCCGCCUGCAGAAGCUCCUCGCGGCAGAAGGCAUCGAGGCGCUCCCGCUCGCCUGAGCCUUUCGCCCUUCUCUCGCUCUCGGGCUCUCGCACCAUCACCGCCACCACCUCGUCGCCGUCGUCGCCUCGUCGUUCUCCCGCCUCUCUCUCUCUGCAUCGUACCCCCUCGCUCUCUCUCUCGCAUGCCCUCCUUGUCGUAGCACCUCCCCCCCUCCUCCCCUCUCCUCGUCUCUUCUCGGUCAACCUGCAUACCCUCCCUCCCCUCUCCCUUCUCCUUCUCUCUCCUGACUCGCUCCCUCGAACCGUCAAGCAUACCCCCCCUCUCUCCCAUAGACAUGCGCGUCCUCGAUCCUCCCUCGUGCAAAAACAAGAAGCUGUACCUCGCUC